CACCACUCAGCUUGCUCCCAUUCAAAGCUCCGUUCAACGGUUACUCCGUCAAGCUCAGUCCUUUCUACGAGAACCGCAUCACCGUUGCCACGGCCCAGAACUCGGCAUACUCAAAAAUGGUCUCGUUCAUGCCCUCGAUCUCUCACUGAAUCCCACCAUUUGAGGAAUUUCAUCGAGGAAUUUAAAUUUCCAGGUGGAGAAGGAAGAAGAUGGAGGAGAGGAACAAUUGAGAGGGAGGGAAGGAUACCAGCAUUUCAUUCAAAAACUUUUAAAACACUUUUAUCCUUGAUCCUUUUUAAUAACCCCACAAAAUAACUUUAAUUAUUAAUUUAUUAUUAACUCCUCUCCUAUUCUUUACUGCCGCCGCUCAGAGCUCGCUCUGUCAGAAGCCUCUCCAAGUUUGUGUGCUUCUCCAAGUUCGUGCCCUCCUUUGUGCUUCUGCUCCCAGGUUCGUUUAUGGUCAAGCAUAUUAUUUUUCCAAUUAAAAUGGGGUUCUGGGCAAGAAAUUGGACUCACCUCUGAUUUUUGUUUCUCCUCGGAUGUUCGAAUCAAUUUACUUUUUAGUUUCAGAGAAAUUCAUUAAGUCGGCCACUGACUGAGGUGUUCGAUUAACAAUCACGGACUGAUUAAGGGUUCUGUUCAUGCUCUUAGAUGGGGAAAACAGUCAGGAGUUCUGAUGGGAUAAGAACAGGACACGACUCUUCCGAAGGAUUGGAGAAAUUAAAAAUUGAAGGGAAAUUUUGGCUCUCUAUUGAGGAUUAUAGCAAAUAUACUGCAUUUUUUGAUAGGCUCUUACCCACCUGGCCACCUGUAUAUAUAGAGGGAGUGGAUGAGUAAUGUGGCAUGAACAAGCUCAAACCUCCAUUGUUGAGAUUUCUGGAGCCAUCAACUUCCUCCGUCACCAAGUCUUUCAAUGCCACUAUCAACCGCCUUUCAUCCCAAGGUGCUCACAGUGAAGUUCUUCUCACAUAUGCUUCUAUGCUUGAGAACUAUGUCCCUUCAGAUGCGUACACCUUCCCUAGUCUGCUUAAAGCUUGCACCUUUCUAAACCUUUCCUCCCUUGGGUGUUCCUUCCAUCAAUGCAUUGUCGUUCAUGGUUUGUCUUCCGAUGCCUACAUUGCUUCAUCUUUGAUUAAUUUCUAUGUGAAAUUUGGAUCCGCAGAUACUGCUCGCAAAGUUUUCGACUUUAUGCCCGAGAGAAAUGUUGUUCCUUGGACCACUGUCAUUGGAUGCUAUUCUCGGGAGGGUAAUCUUGAAAUGGCUUAUUCUUUGUUUAACGACAUGCGUCAACAAGGAAUUCAACCCAGUUCGGUUACUCUGUUGAGCAUUCUGUCUGGAGUUUCAGUCCUUGCCCAUUUGAGGUGUUGGCAUGGUUGUGCAAUUUUGUUUGGAUUUAUGUCUGAUAUAACUCUGUCAAAUUCUUUUCUAAAUGUGUAUGCAAGAUGUGGAAGCAUUGAAGACUCUAGGAAAAUAUUUGAGUAUAUGGGUCAAAAGGACCUUGUUUCAUGGAAUUCCUUGAUAUCAAUUUAUGCUCAGAUAGGAAAUCUAAGUGAAGUAUUGCAACUUUUGGAGACAAUGUGGGCAGCAGGUAUGAAGCCUGACCAACAGACUUUUGGGUCCCUGUUGUCUGUGGCUGCAUCAACGGGUGAGUUAAAACUGGGAAGGUCAGCGCAUUGCCAGAUUUUAAGAGCUGGAUUUGACUUUGAUGCACAUGUAGAAACAGCCUUGAUCGUUUUGUACUUAAAAGCCAGGAACAUUGAUAUUGCAUUUCGAAUUUUUGAAAGGAGCUCUGAUAAGGAUGUAGUUUUGUGGACAGCGAUGAUCUCAGGCCUUGUGCAGAGUCAGUAUGCAGAUAAGGCACUGGCUAUCUUCCGCCAAAUGAUAAAAUUCGGGGUCAAGCCAUCCACUGCUACUAUAGUUAGUAUAAUUACAGCUUGUAUACAACUGGGAUCUUUUGAUUUGGGAAUCUCGAUUCAUGGUUAUGUAGUAAGGCGAGAAUUGACUUUAGAUGUCACUGCUCAGAACUCUCUUGUGACCAUGUAUGCCAAGUGUGGUAAAUUGAAUCAGAGUUUUAUUAUGUUUGAUAAAAUGAGCAAAAGGGAUUUGGUUUCCUGGAAUGCUAUUAUUGCUGGAUACACUCAAAACGGCUAUAUAUGCAAGGCCUUGUUUCUUUUCAGUGAAAUGAGGUCUUGUUGUCAAACACCGGAUUCAAUAACUAUCGUCUCCCUUCUUCAAGGAUGUGCUUCGAUAGGAGCACUUCAUUUUGGUAAAUGGAUCCAUAGCUUUAUUUUGAAAAAUAGCUCAAGGCCAUGUAUUUUGGUUGACACAGCUUUGGUGGACAUGUACUCCAAAUGUGGGCACUUGGAUGCUGCACGAAGUUGUUUCAACGAGAUGCCGAGUCAGGAUUUAGUCUCAUGGGGUGCCCUAAUUGCAGGAUAUGGUUAUCAUGGCAAAGGAGAGACAGCAUUGAGGUUAUACUCAGAAUUCUUGGGAAGUGGCAUGAAACCAAACGAUGUCAUUUUCCUUUCAAUUUUAUCAUCUUGUAGCCAUAAUGGACUCAUUGACCAGGGUUUGAACAUAUACCAAUCAAUGACUGGAGACUUUGGGAUUGCACCUAAUCUUGAACACCAUGCUUGUGCGGUUGAUCUCCUCAGUCGAGCCGGGCGAGUGGAAGAGGCAUAUUACUUGUACAAGAAGACAUUCCCAGAGCCAAUGCUCGAUGUUUUAGGUAUACUCCUCGAUGCUUGUCGGGUAACCAGAAACAACAAACUUGGUGAGAAGAUUGCCAAAGAUGUUCUCAUAUUAAGGCCAAUAAAUGCAGGAAACUAUGUGCAACUGGCACAUUGCUAUGCUUCAAUAAACAACUGGGAAGGUGUAGGAGAGGCAUGGACCCAUAUGAGAUCUCUUGGCUUGAGAAAAAUUCCUGGCUGGAGUUUCGUUGACAUACAUGGGACCAUCACAACAUUUUUCACCAUGCACAACUCUCACCCACAGUUUCAAGAAAUUCUCUCCACACUGCAUAUUUUGAGAAAGGAAUCAGGGAACAAGGAAGAGAUGGGUAUUGACCUUGAUAUCAGCCAAUUGUCAUGAGUUUAUUGCAGUCUAUAUUAUACAGCAGGGUUGGCUAAUUCAACUUUGUACUAGCUUGCUUCUUUCCAUGGCAAGCAACGAGCAUUUCUCAGCAUUUUUUAGAUGCUGAAGUUAAGGUUGGAUGAGGGAUCGUUGACUAGGGAUCGUUGACUAGAAGGGUGUCGUGUUCUUGAAUUGUUAUGUACAGAAAAUUCUGGUGUUGCACGCA